AUGUCCCAUGAAGAAAUACUGCAAAGUACGCAGUGGCACAAAUAUGGCAAACAUACGGUCACCUCUGAGGUAAUGGGGUUGGUGGUGGGCAUGUUGGCGGCGACAACCAGGGCAGAUUUGGAGCUGGGAGACUGCAAGCAAAUUUCCAAGCUGGUCUGGAAUCCACGACUAGUGGGCAUUUGUGGCUGGGAGACUAACAACUUGACAGCCAAAGUUCAUCCAGAAUUCAGGCAAUUCUACCUUUCCUGUCUUUCUUCACUGUUGCCAACUCUAAAAGUCAUCAUGUCCGAAGAUAAGAAGCUCCCACAGGGUUCCCAUGACAAAGGCCUUAAGCAGGGCCAUGAGCCCCAGGGCCAAGAAGCUGCCCAGGUCUCCCAGGCUGUGGAGGAAACACUGUCCUCCCCCAAUCCUGUGAUGCCAAGCAAUAUGCAGAUGGUUCCUGUUGCUCAGGCCCCCGGUAAUCCUGGGGGCCCAAGUGGCAUUCAUGCUGCCUGUGGAAGCGAAAGUGAUGAUAGCUCCAGUAGCGAAGAUGAGUCUAACCCAACCACUUUAGAAGGUCUUCUGGAUAAGAAAGUGUCUUUCUUGAUGAAUCUCAUGCUGCUCCAUUAUCAACGUAAAGAGCCAAUAAGCAAGGCAGAUAUGGUGAGGUAUGUCAUCAGAGAGCAUGAGAUCCUGUAUUCUGCAAUCUUAAAGAAAGCCUGUGUGCGCCUUGAGGUUAUCUUUGGCCUGGAAGUGAAGGAAAUGGAUGCCAUCAACCACUGCUAUGGCAUCUUCAUCAAACAAGGCUUCACCUAUGAUGGCAUGCAGUGUGGAGAAGUGGACAUUCCCAAGACUGGCCUCCUGAUAUUUGUCCUGGGUGUGAUCUUCAUGAAGGGCCACCGUGCCACUGAAGAGCACAUCUGGGAAGUGAUGAAGGAGACGGAGAUCUGUUGUCGCAAGAAGCACUUCAUCUUUGGUGAUCCCAAGCAGCUCUUCACCAUCGAAUUCGUGAAGGAAGGGUACCUGGAGUACCAGAAGGGGCCUGAUAGUGAUCCUGAGAAGUAUGAGCUGCUGUGGGGCCCAAGAGCCUAUGCUGAAACCACCAAGAUGAAAGUCCUAGAGUUUAUGGCCAAGGUUCAUGGGACUGAUCCCACUGAUUUCCCAUCUCUCUAUGAAGAGGCUCAGCUUGAGGAACAAGAAAGAGCCCUCUCCCGAAUGUCAGUCAGUGCUGCCUCCAGUUCUGUGGGCACUGAAAGUUCUGGUGGCAUGACCAGCAAAUUUCCCCACACUUAAGUCAGAGGUAAUUUUUUCAAGUAAUGGCUCCAUGAUAUUUGUUAGUGUUGAAAGAAUGUAGGCCCUAUUAGAACAUACUACACGUUUGUUUCUAAUGGUUUGUAACUUGGAAUGAUUGAUUUUUAUGUCUUUAGUUUAUUCUGACAAUACUGUUAGUUAGGUGAAGUAAUACAAAUUCUCUUUUCAUUGUGAAACAAAUUAUAAAGCAUUUGCUUUGUUGUUUGGACUGCAGUAAAAUAACAUAUUGUUUCUGUAGCUAUUUCUUUGAAAAUUGGGACAAAUUAAGCUUUAAGAUCUUUGCCAAUAGAAAUAGAAUAUUAUAGAAAUAUGCAGUUAUUUAGCUUGUUAUUAAUUUUAGUGCAAAUCUUACGCCAAUUAUGAGUGGCAUUCAUAGUUCAAUUUAGGACACGUGAAAUACAAAUCUUAGUCAUUGGAUCAAAUUCAGCAAGUUCUCUUAGGCCUAUAUGAAUUCAAAGGUGACUUUUUCAUGUUUAGACUGAGAAUAAUUAUUAGUUUUAAAGAAUAUAAGUUUUGGUUACCUUGUUUAAAAAAUGUAUCAUCUAGCCAUACUUAUUUUGUAUCUGUAAGUUUCCAAUGUACUAAUGUUUUCUUUUUUCCUAUUAUUCUUUUUCCUGUGGCUCUUGCUAAAAUCUAUUUAGGAGAGUUGUUCAGCUAUUAGAGAUGUGAUGAAAAUUUUGUUAAGAUGAUGCAAUAACAGCACAAAUUUGCAGAUAAAAACCAACACCAAGGAAAACUUGUGAAAAAAUGCCAAGAAUAUUGUUGGUUCCCAAUGUGUUAUUUUUUAAAGAUUGUAUUUUUAAU